UUACAAAACGCGGUUUUUGAGCCCAUUACGAUUGGAGCCAGGGAGAGAGAAACCAAGGCGGGCACUGCAGGCUGUGGGCACCCUGCGGGCUGGAUGUGUAGGAGUUCCAUUACAGACUGACUUCGGAGGAGAAGUUUUGCGGAGCGAUGGGGACCCCCCGACGGGCACUCCUCGUCAUAGGCUGUCUCCUCACAGGGCUGGGCCUCGUCCUCUGCCAGCCCUUGCUGCCCGCCAUCCUCCCCAACGAGAGUGAAAAGGUCAUGCCGCUGAAUUCGUCUUUCGCUCUGCGGUGCUCGGGGGAGAGCGAAGUCAGCUGGCAGUACCCCGAGACCGAAGGCCAGAACGUGGAAAUCCGGACCGAGGAAAACAACAGCGGCCUUUUCGUGAAAGUGCUGGAGGUGACCAGGGCCUCGGCGGCCAACACGGGCCUCUACACGUGCUACUUUAACAACACGAAGCUGGACGAGAGUGAGGUCGAAGGCAGCCAGAUCUACAUCUACGUGCCAGACCCAGGUAUAGCCUUCGUACCUCUGGAUGUGAUGGAUUACUUAGUCCUGGUGAUUGAGGAUGACUUUGCCAUCAUACCAUGUCGCACGACGGACCCGCAGACCCCAGUGGUCCUGCUCAAUGAGGCUGGGGUGGUGAACGUCUCCUACGACAGCAAACUGGGCUUUAACGGAACUUUCAACCAUGGGCCUUACACAUGUAAGGCCACUGUCAACGGGAGGACCUUCUACACGCCCCCCUUCAACAUGUAUGCUUUAAAAGCAUCAGAUCUCGACCUGGAAAUGGAAGCUCUUAAAACGGUGUACACGGCCGGGGAGAAGAUUGUGGUCAGUUGUGCAGUCUUCAACAACGAGGUGGUAGACUUUCAGUGGACUUACCCUGGACAAGUGAGAAAGAAAGGCCUCAUACUGCUCGACGAGUAUAGGGUGCCCACCCUGAAGCUGGUGAACACACUGACUGUGCCCGAUGCCACGGUGAAAGACAGUGGGGACUACCAGUGCACAGCCACCCAGGCCACCGGGGAGGUCAAGGAAAUGAAGAAAGUCACCAUUUCUGUGCAUGAGAGAGGGUUUGUUGACAUCCAGCCUGACUUCAGCCCGUUGGAAACUGUCAACUUGCACGAGGUGAAGCAUUUUGUGGUGACCAUAGAGGCCUACCCUGCCCCGAGCAUAUCCUGGCUGAAGAACAACCUGACGCUGAUUGAAAACCUGACGGAGAUCACUACCGAUGUCAAAAAGGUUCAGGAGACAAGGUAUCGAAGUAAGUUAAAGUUGAUCCGUGCGAAAGAAGAAGACAGCGGCCAUUAUACCAUUGUGGUUAAAAACAAAGAUGAUGUGAAGAACUAUACUUUUGAACUAAUAACUCAAGUUCCCUCCUCCAUUCUGGACUUGGUUGAUGACCACCAUGGCUCUACCGGGGGACAGACUGUGAGAUGCACGGCUGGAGGAACCCCUCUUCCUGACAUUGAGUGGAUGGUUUGCACCAAUAUUAAAAAAUGUAACAAUGAAACUUCCUGGACCGCUUUGGCCAACAACGCCUCCAGCGACAUCAGCGUGGUCCACUCUCGAGACGGGAAGACCGUGGAGGGCCGAGUGACCUUUAUCAAAGUGGAGCAGACCUUCUCCGUGCGGUGCCUGGCUAAGAACCUCAUUGGGGCCGACAGCCGGGAACUGAAGCUGGUGGCUCCCACUCUGCGCUCGGAACUCACCGUGGCCGCCGCCGUGCUGGUGCUGUUGGUGAUCGUGAUCAUCUCACUCAUCGUCCUGGUCGUCAUCUGGAAACAGAAGCCGAGGUAUGAAAUCCGUUGGCGUGUCAUUGAAUCCAUCAGCCCUGAUGGACAUGAAUAUAUUUAUGUGGACCCCAUGCAGCUGCCUUACGACUCAAGGUGGGAGUUUCCAAGAGAUGGACUAGUGCUUGGUCGUAUCCUGGGCUCCGGUGCAUUUGGGAAAGUGGUUGAAGGAACAGCCUAUGGGUUGAGCCGGUCUCAGCCUGUGAUGAAGGUAGCCGUGAAGAUGCUAAAACCCACCGCUCGAACCAGUGAAAAGCAAGCUCUCAUGUCGGAGCUGAAGAUCAUGACUCACCUGGGACCACAUUUAAACAUCGUGAACCUGCUGGGAGCCUGCACCAAGUCAGGGCCUAUUUACAUCAUCACCGAGUAUUGCUUCUAUGGGGAUUUGGUCAACUAUUUGCAUAAGAAUAGAGAUAGCUUCCUGAGUCAUCACCCAGAGAAACCGAAGAAGGAGCUGGACAUCUUUGGGUUGAACCCGGCUGAUGAAAGCACACGGAGUUACGUUAUUUUAUCUUUUGAAAACAAUGGCGACUACAUGGACAUGAGGCAAGCCGACACCACCCAGUACGUCCCCAUGCUGGAAAGGAGAGAGGUCUCUAAGUAUUCGGACAUCCAGAGAUCGCUGUACGACCGCCCAGCCUCGCACAAGAAGAAAUCAAUGCUAGAAUCAGAGGUCAAAAACCUCCUUUCAGAUGAUAACUCAGAAGGCCUCACCUUGUUGGAUUUGUUGAGCUUCACAUAUCAAGUUGCCCGAGGAAUGGAGUUUUUGGCUUCAAAAAAUUGUGUCCACCGGGACCUGGCCGCUCGCAAUGUCCUCCUGGCUCAAGGGAAGAUCGUGAAGAUAUGUGACUUCGGCCUGGCCAGAGACAUCAUGCACGAUUCUAACUACGUGUCAAAAGGCAGUACCUUUCUCCCCGUGAAGUGGAUGGCCCCUGAGAGCAUCUUCGACAACCUCUACACAACCCUGAGUGACGUCUGGUCCUACGGCAUCCUGCUCUGGGAGAUCUUCUCUUUGGGUGGCACCCCCUACCCUGGCAUGACUGUGGACUCCACUUUUUACAACAAGAUCAAGAGUGGGUACCGGAUGGCCAAGCCCGAUCAUGCCACCAGCGAAGUCUACGAGAUCAUGGUGAAGUGCUGGAACAGUGAGCCCGAGAAGAGACCCUCCUUCUACCACCUCAGUGAGAUCCUGGAGAACCUGCUGCCCGGCCAGUACAAGAAGGUGGGUCUGGGUUUGUCAAGCUCACAGACGUCCGAAGAGAGUGCCAUCGACACAGGGUCCAGCAGCUCCACCUUCAUCAAGCGAGAGGACGAGACCAUUGAGGACAUUGACAUGAUGGACGACAUCGGCAUCGACCCCUCAGACCUGGUGGAGGACAGCUUCCUGUAACCGCUGGCUUCCGGGGGCAUCUUUCUGGCCAGGUGCCACCUUGGGAUCCCGUCAAGAAAAACCACUUUCUUGCAAUGCGGAGGUUGAGAGGAGGACUUGGAUGAUGCAUGAGGAGCACUUCCCGGCCAAGGGCCUUGGGGAGCCUUCUGACACUGGCUGGACGGGACAGCUGGAAGCGAAUGUCUCCCUCGUGCAUCUCAGUAGCCUCGCAGCAGUGCGUGCCAUCUGGAGGGAGAUGGAUGGACAAGGGGAGAGAGAGGCCACAGUAGACAAUCUUUGUGUCUCAAGGGCAUUGGAGAGAUUCCCAUGUACACAACUUCCACAGCAACGAGGCUCCAGCAUUGUAAUUAUGUAAAUAACUCUUAACCAAGGACAUGCUUAGAUGUUUAUUAACGGUCUUCCCUGGGUUUCUGAAGAGACGGCGCCAGCCCUUCAUGUACUUCUCGCUGGAAACUCGGUGUCGCUGCUGUUGAAUUCUCCUGUGAAAUACACACAAAACCACUUUUUGAACCCAAAAGGUACUGCGACUGUAGCAUUUUCCUUUGAAAAUUUUUAGUGUUAAAGAGAGAAAGGAUCAUCAUUAACCAGCCUUCUUUAAUCGAUUUGGGUCCUUUAAAAGCCCAACAACUCAUUUUCUUAUUGUAAUCUAGGUUUGUAAUAGUAACGACUGCUAUCAGUACUGCUCAAUGUGUAACCUGUAACAUGUUUCCCCUCCUGAAAAGCACAAUUGAAAAAAAAAUCCUUACUUACCAAGUAGGUGACAAGUUUGCUGCAUUUGGGGUUUGUAUAUUAAAUAACCUGUGUUUCUCUAUAUGAUAUGGUAAUAGCGUUAGUGGAUUAAAUGUAGUUGAGCCUGGAGAACAAAGCGCAAGUCGAGUCUUCCUGGAAGUCCAUUUUGGGGUACUAAUAGGUUCCCUGGUCAACUGGACUCCAAGGUCAUUAACCGCAGAGCACAACCAGCACAAGAACACCCCGAGUGCUUUCAGUGAAGGCCAGAGACUUUCCGUCUCUUCCCAAUGACAGACAGCACCAUCAGCCGAAACCCUGGGUCUGCCGAGCCUUUGAUGGCUGCGUGGUGUGAACAGUGAUGGAGCCCAGCGUUCACGGCUUCCCUUCUACAAAACCUAUGAGAAUCAGGAGGGUACUACCGCCAUCCGCCUCGUUCCCACAGUUCUUACCUCAAGGAGAAGCAGGCUGGACCUCUGAGGCAGAAAGGCGUUGUGUCGUGACUGGUAGCCUGGGUCACUCGAUCCCUGUUUCAGAGCUUCAGGUGUGUUGGGUCUGGAGGGAGCUCACUGCCAUCAGGCCGAUUCUGACCCACAGUGACCUUUAAGGUCAAAGGCAAGGUUGAGCUGCCCCUGAGGGUUUCCGAGUCUGUAACUCUUUCCAGGAGUAGACAGCCUCAUCUCUCUCCUGCAGAGUGGUGCUGGUUUCCCAUCGUUGACCUUGCGGUUAGCCCACUGUGCCCUCAGGGCAAGAACCUGCUGUUUCAUAAACAAGUUCUGGUCAGCCACCUUUGGGUCGCGGCCCGCUUAGGUUACCGAGGGUUGCCAUGUGGGGGAGGUAAGAGAGCAAGCACACCAAACAGCUCGCACCUGGAACUGACCUAGAAGUCAACCACUCAGGGCGCCGAGCCCUUCAGCCCUCAGCUGUGGGUCUGUUGCAUUUAAUGCCACGUCCCCAGGGAGUGGGGCCCUUAAUUUAGUCUGAGGCUGAGAAAGCAGACAUCCUGGCCGUGGCCUGGUCUUCCCAAGGUAAAGCUACCAGUUCCUUGAGGGUACUGAGUUUGAGGCUAAAAAAAAAAAAAAAAAAAAAAUCCAGGGAAAGCCUGUUUGAAAACGGUGCCAUUCAGCGCGUCAAAUUUCUGUUGAACCGGGUCGAUAUUUCGGUAGGGGGGGUGGGGGGUGGAGGAAUGCAGAUAAUUGACUGAUUCCCCACCCCCCUUAAAGUGAAAUGGAAGGAUGAAUUGUCAAAUCAAGCUAAAUUCUUGACCUCCUGGUUGGUGCGGCCUCCCUGGGCUGCUCUGUGGCCCUGCUUCAUGGCUGACGCCAUGGACAUGAACUGUGGGCUGGGAAGGCUGCAGUCACUAUGUGUGCUCCUGGCAGGGGAAGCUUUGGAAGCUGUAGAAGCAAUGACAAGGUAUUUGACUACCUACUGGUGUAAUCUUAAUGCAAGCCCCGGCUUUCAGAUCCACCUUCCCUCCCCACCCCCACCCGUACAGUAAAUGUGAAAGCUGAACCCAAUGGGCCAGUGAAGGAAAACCAGACCACACUUUGGAGAGCCGAUUAGACUUGAAAGAUGCCUGUAUUUCUGGACCGUCAGUUCAAGCGUUUGGGUUUCCCCUUCCUUCCUGGUGCUGUGCAUUUUCCUGUGCCUUGGGGUGCCUUGUCUGACGGCCAGAGGCUGGAGGCAAACUCUCAGACCAGCCGCGUCCAGUCCUGACAAACGCUCCCACCCAACGGAUGUGGGGACCCCGUGUUUGUCCAGUGUUUCCAGUGUAUCACAGAUUUGCCCCUCACUCUCCCCCCGACCUGCCCUGCCUUUUUUUUGGUGGGGUAGAGUGGGAGACCCCCCUGAAAAUUCCCCAGAAGGAAAUUUGCCAAUCCUUCUGUUUUCUGUUUCUAAGAUGACAAUCAAAGCUAGCCCAAGAAAGAAACACUGCAUGGAGAGUUUCUUAGUUUUUAAUGCUCCACGAUGUCCUCAAAAAUGUGGUCUGCCAGCCUGUACAAAAUGGUCCUGUUUUUGUGUGCAGAGGGAUGUGCGAUAACAUGAUGUUAUACAUCAAUAUGUAUAUAUGAAUUUCUAUAGAGACUUGGAGAAUACUGCCAAAACAUUUAUGACAAGCUGUUUCACUGCCUUUGUUUAUAUAUAUUUUUUGACUGUGAUAUUCCCCACAGGCACAUUAACUGUUGCACUUUUGAAUGUCCGAAAGUUCUAUUUUAGAAAUAAGAAAGAGAAAAAUACUUAAGUGUUUCCCCAAAACAAUGUUGUGGUGAAUGUGUGCAAAUGACUAAUUGGAUUGGGAGGGUCCACUGGUACAAGAUGUAUUACAAAAGCCCCCAAAACCUGUAAAUGAAGAUCUUUAUAUUUCAAUAAAUGGUAUAUAUAUAUAUAUGUUAAAGCUA